AUGUCUUUGUCGCUGGAGCGGAUGGUGAGUAUGCUGAAGGGGAUGGCAGCGCAGGCAGGCUGCGAAGUGCAUAAAAAGGACCUAAUGCCACUGUUUAAAUGGAUUUUGCGGUGUGGUCUGGUGACUGACCCUUCUAAUUGCUUGAAUAAGGGCGUCCUUGAUAAAGUGGGGGAGGAGUUAUUCGGGGAGGCAUGUGAAGGGGAUAAGGAGACACGGAAACUGCUACCCGCAUAUGGGUCACUUGUUAAACUCUUUCAGAUGGUUAAGACAGACAGAGAAGUCUGGCAGGCAGCAUACGCGCUGUUACAUCCGGACUUGGGGAAGAAAGGGGAAGAUAAGGGGAAGAUGGAGGCAGAGGGUGUUAAAUCGGAGAUAAAGAUCUCGGAGAAUGCCUCAAUAACAGAGGGGAAUCGUUGUGAUGAGAGCGAACUGGGAGGUACUAAAGAAAAGAAAGAAGGAGGAAUUCCUGGUGAGGGGCAAACUCAUUGUUUUGUGGCUCCUCUGUAUGUACCUGGGGACGCCGCGCCUUCAGCGCCGCCCCUGGGGUAUGUGCAGUGGGGUCACGAUCCGUUGGGUGGGGUGUGGGGGAUCACCACUGGGGGAAUGGUCCGUUUCCCCGUCACCCCUUCGGGAAACGAAUCAUCGAAAGAAAAAGAGAAGGGGACCCCACUGUUCGCGGUUCCAUCCCCAUAUAACACUCAGGAGGUGCUGGCUCAGUUGAAGGCACUGGAAAGGGUUCGAACUCCCCCAACUUCAUCAUCCUCGGACUCCUCACUGUCUGACUCAGAGGACGAUCAGGACGGGGAGGACUCUGAUGCAAGGGAUCUAAGGGAAGUGCGUAAGGCUAUGAAGAGGGUGAUUGGGAAGAAAAAGAGAACCCCAGAGAAGAAGAUUAAACAGGACACCCUCCUUUUAUUUAUUAAUUCAAGCCUUCGGAAAAAGACUCUUGGCACGCUCUUCCACCCCCUGACUCCCCCACUGCGGUUUUCGGCAGAAACUACUGAAAUCACUCGCCCUUGUGAGCCUAAGUAUUUUUUUGGAUGGUGCUGCAAGACGGCUUGUCGCAUUCUGGCACUGGCUCCUACUCCUAACCAGCGCAUCUCCCACAGAGCAGACAGCACCUACAGUGAUGAUCGAGUCGGCAAGAAAAGUGGCCGGAUCGAGUUAAAGGCGAAAGGAGACAGCUGGGGAGGGGACCCCAGCCAGGAGGUGCACCCCAGACACCUUCAGCCUCGGCCUGGGGGAACAGGACCCCUCGCCUUACCUGCCCUCUGCCCUCACUCCCCAAAGGUAUUACUUCUCUCUUUCUUUAUUGUCCCUUCAUUCCUUAUGCCACCUCCCGCAUCCCACCUCUUCUUUCCCCUUGUGGAUAUUUCCAGCCUUACUGUGAUGGCUGGAGAGAACAUGGAUGAGACUUCUGUGCUACCUGGCCACCCCCAGGAUAGCUACCAGCCUGCUGCCCAUGAUGACCAUGAAUGCUGUGAACGUGUAGUGAUAAACAUUGCUGGACUACGCUUUGAGACGCAGCUGAAGACCUUAGCCCAGUUUCCCAACACACUGCUGGGCAACCCCAAGAAACGCAUGCGGUACUUUGACCCUUUGCGCAAUGAGUACUUCUUUGACCGAAACAGGCCCAGCUUUGAUGCCAUCCUCUACUACUACCAGUCUGGGGGACGGCUUCGCCGGCCGGUCAAUGUUCCCUUGGACAUGUUCUCUGAGGAGAUCAAAUUUUAUGAGCUGGGUGAAGAAGCCAUGGAGAAGUUCCGGGAAGAUGAAGGGUUCAUCAAAGAUGAGGAGAGACCCUUGCCAGAGGGGGAGUACCAGCGCCAAGUAUGGCUCCUCUUUGAGUACCCAGAAAGCUCUGGGCCUGCAAGGGUCAUUGCAAUAGUCUCUGUAAUGGUGAUCCUCAUCUCCAUUGUGAUCUUCUGCCUAGAGACAUUACCUGAGCUGAAGGAGGACAAGGAGUAUACAGUGCAUCGUACUGACAACACAACUCAGGUCUACAAAUCCAACAUCUUCACAGAUCCCUUCUUUGUUGUGGAGACCCUGUGCAUCAUCUGGUUCUCCUUUGAGCUGGUGGUGCGUUUCUUUGCUUGCCCCAGCAAGACUGAAUUUUUCAAGAAUAUAAUGAACUUCAUUGACAUUGUGGCCAUCAUCCCUUAUUUCAUCACCUUGGGCACUGAGAUGGCUGAGCGGGAAGGGACUCAGAAGGGAGAGCAGGCCACCUCCUUGGCUAUUCUGAGAGUCAUCAGACUGGUAAGAGUCUUUCGAAUCUUCAAACUGUCCCGGCACUCUAAGGGCCUCCAGAUUUUGGGACAGACCCUCAAAGCAAGUAUGAGAGAGCUAGGUUUACUAAUCUUCUUCCUCUUCAUUGGGGUGAUCUUGUUCUCUAGUGCGGUCUAUUUUGCUGAGGCUGAAGAACCUGAGUCUCAUUUCACAAGUAUCCCCGAUGCUUUCUGGUGGGCGGUGGUAUCCAUGACCACUGUGGGCUAUGGUGACAUGUACCCUGUGACAAUUGGAGGCAAAAUCGUAGGCUCCUUGUGUGCCAUCGCUGGUGUGCUGACAAUUGCCCUGCCUGUACCUGUCAUCGUGUCCAACUUCAACUACUUCUACCACCGAGAAACAGAAGGGGAAGAACAGGCUCAGUUACUUCAUGUUAGCUCCCCAAAUUUAGCAUCUGACAGUGAUCUCAGUCGCCGCAGCUCUUCCACAAUCAGCAAAUCUGAGUACAUGGAAAUCGAAGAGGAUAUGAAUAAUAGCAUAGACAAUUUUAGAGAGGCUAAUCUCAGAACUGGCAACUGCACUGUAGCUAACCAAAACUGUGUUAAUAAAAGCAAGCUGCUGACUGAUGUAUAAACAAAAAAAACCAAAAUCCCCACUCACAGCUUGAAGACUUAAGUGACAUAGUCACACUUUGUAGAUGCUUUACUGAUAGUCUUUGAAUGCUUUAUUUACCUCGUAAAUGCAUUGUUGCAUUGUGAGUUUUUUCUCAGUGAUAAAGAAGCUUCCAGGAUCCAUGAAUGAUAAAAUUUUGUUUACUUAAAAAAAAAAUAUAUUUUCCAUCUGGUAAAUGAUAACCAUUUGGACUAGUUAGGUUUUAAACUGAAUGAUGCUAGACCUAAACUUUUCCAUCCACCACCUUUCUUUCUUUCUUUCUUUUUUUUUUUUUUUUUUGACAAAUUCAACUGAGGAAGACAAUUUUUAAAACUAAAGCUUAUGCAUGGAUUCCAGUAAGAAUAUCCUUCAGUGUGCACAGUUGCAAGAGAAUGAAUCAGAUAAUAGUAAAAAACUAGUAACACGCAGCAAGCAUUUACCAUUGUUUUUAUGAAGGAAUGCAAAUUUUCCUUCCGCUCACUAUAUGAGAGGUUACUUAGUUCCAAACUACAGAUCAGCACCUUAUUUAAAUACACUUAAGGUGGUCUUCUUUCUAUCCGUAGAAGAAUUAUUUAAAAAAUAACGAACAGAACUGAAGGCAAAACAUUUGCUCUGCUGCUAAGUUCUAUUACAUGCAGAUGAUCUAAAUGCACUUUUCUCUGUCCAGAACAGUAUACAAAACUUCUCGUCCUCCUAUUGCAAGACAGCACAAUGUAGUUUAAUAUAAGCAUGUUUGAAUUUGAUGCUAUUUAUUUUAUAAUUGCAUGCCUGAAACUUUACCUCAGACAAUAGUGGAUAAGCUUUUGUUUGAACUGAAUCUUCUAAAAAUAGGUCCUUUAUCUCUCUUCUUUUUUUUUUUUUUCCUUUUUUCUUUAUUUUGGUUUGCAUUCACCAGAAGUGCACUACUUAACUUAUUAAAACGUUGACUAGUACUUAAAAGUACUGUAUUUAAGUGCGUAUGUUAGUCAAAUGGAAACAAUAACUUUUGGAGAUCAAAGCAUGUUCGAAUAUUCAGCAUUAUGGCCUAUUUGAAUAAUGUGUAACUUAAUGCAUGAAUUAAAUAAUAAUAAUAAUAAAAACAAGAAUUUAAAAGUGCUUGAUAGAUCAAGAGCCUGAAUGAACAGAUUAGAGAAACCUGUUUUCCUGCAUUGCUCAGGGAAACAUGUUGGCUUUUGUCCAGGCAUUGUCAGAAAGGGAUGUAUCCCAUCUCUUAAAGGGAAAGCUAUAUGGAAAACUAAGAAAACAAGUUAUAUAUAGCAGCACCUAAAACCUAGUAUCCUUUAUAUUUGAAAGGUGUAGAUGCAUGCUUUUUGGUGCAUUCUCAGAAUGUAAAUGAAACUUAACUACUAUAUGCAUCCAAAUUGCAGCAGCUAGUUUCUUCUGCAGUCAUUAGUUGAGAUUUUUUUGUAUUCCCCUAAAACUCACUGAAGAGACUUAACAGAUUGAUUUAAGUAGUUGUGCAGUGCCUUUAUCUUACAUCCUCUAAACUGCUGAAAGUGCCUCCAGGAAUUGAGCUGGUCAGAGGUAAAGAAAGGGCAAGGACCAAACCACCAGAAGGAGAGUUCUGCACUGCCUCUUGCCUCAGCACAGAAAGGGAUAGAGAAGGAAGGCAAGAGCAAGCAUGAGUGAGAAGCAGAAGAGGCAGGCAAAGACCACCAGCACCCUGUGAGAUACAUUCCUUCCCUUGCCACUCCACUGUUGCAAGGCUUGGCAUUUUCUUCUGCCAGUAAGUCACAGUUGUGUUUAUGUAAGACUUCAAGUUUCCCUAGGUUGUUUAUAGGGACAUCACUGCCUUCAUCAUAUCUGCCCUUCCUUUCCCUGAGAUAGCUUCUGGCAGCUGGUGUCCCUGCAUGGCAGAACACAGGAGAGUCUAAGGAUUAGCACUAGCUGUGACAUCACAUAGUCAAGCAGCAGAUUGCAGGGCUGUGCUUUUCUUUCCUUUAGAUUCCCCAGGUUGUAGGUGACAGAAGCUUUCCAGUGCCCUCCCAUCCAGGCCUCUUCCAUUUCCUUUCCUGUCAGAUCUUAAAUCCCAUCACAGAUCCUUCAAACCAUAUUCUUUUUGCUAAUCCCUAACUUUGCUGUACAUCCACCAUGGUCUUGUGGAGGAAAGAAAGCUAGGAGAAGGAAUCUUCUGCAAUAUGCCAGCCUUGACUGCUAGGCCCUAGGAGAUCAUAAUCUUUGAUCAAAGCUAAGGUAGGCACUAACCUUUAUUUUCUAAAUGGAAUAUAUUGAGGAUCUUCAUUUUACACUUAGCAUGUGGCCGACUGCUAUUGAACACUUCUCCUUCCACACUGUACAGAACUUCUAUUUUCCUGCGUUCAUGGUAUAUAUAUAUAUAUAUAUGCGUAUUAAUAUGUGUCUGUGUGCCUGCAUGUGUGCGUGUUACACAUAUGCAUAGACACAUAUAUAUAAAAUCAAGGCACUUAGAGUGAAAAGGAACCCUAACUUUGCAGUUACGCACAAGCCUGACCAGACAGGUUUCCAGAAAGACUUGACUUUAUUUCUCACUGUGUGGCUUCUGUGAGUCUUAAUGAUGAGAAAGUCAUCAAGAACUGAGGAGCUCUAACUCCUGCAAGAAAAGCAAAGUAUCAGAAAAAACAGGGCAUUACAUCCUCUAGAUAGAUAUUGUAAAGCUUUCUUCUUGUUCCCUGCUCACUCCUCUGGCCACUGUACACCUCUCUCCUCACUAAAAUCUGAUGGUCUUGAUCUUCCUAAACUCUUGUGCUCCAGGAUAUGACUUCUCAAGUCAAAAUGAACUUGAAUGCUGCACUCAGCUUAUAAACAACCAACCAACUGAACAGCAAUAAUUAAUUCAGUGCUUCGGGACUGAAGAUCAGAAAGAAGUAUCUGGAACAUGAGGCCUCACUUUGACCACUUCUGUUGUAGUUGGAUAUACACACCUUAGUGUAAUGACCAGAAUUACAAUAAUUCUGUGUAUGCAAUGAGAAAAGUGCUACAUGCAGAAAUUUUUUUUUUUUUUUGUCAGGAUAUCUGGAUAGUUGAUUAGGGCUCAGGAUGGCCUGGGGAGUCUGAAUAUUGCUUUGCCCAUUUCUAGCAUACUUCAAAGGAUCUAAAUAUGUUUGGAGUAAGGUAAUUAACCUCAUGUAGCAUAGGCAUGCAUUUCUGGUCAGUUAAACACAAAAUAAACAACAACAAAAUUACAAUUACUUGCUUUAUGCAGAAGUGCUGAAAUGCAUUCAUGGGCCUGAAAGUGCAGUUAACCAACUGCAUGUUCUCACUGUUAAGCAUUUUUCUUUUUCUUUUUUUCUUUUUCUUUUUUCCUUUUUUCCUUUUUUCUUUUUUAC